UUCACUCUCACUCUCUAAAGUCUUAACUCUUAAGUCACCGCCGCAGCAGCGAUUAACGAACCUCCAUGGCCCACCUCAAGCAAUCCAACCGCCGUCGCUCCUCCUCCUUUUGCAACCGUCACCCUUCCGCCAAACCAUCCAGCGGUUUCUGCGCCUCCUGCCUCCGUGAACGCCUCGUCACCAUAGAGGCUCAAUCUUCUUCACCCCCUGAGCUCCGUCGCAUCAGAUCCCACUCCGUUCGGAACGCAUCCGCCGCAUCCGUUUCGGAGCAGCCGCGACGGAGGUCGUGUGACGCUAGGUCAAGCGCGAGCUCUCUCCACGACCUGUUCGUCGAUGAUGACGAUGAACGGCUCGAUCUCUCGAUUCGAAAGCCUCCGGUCCCGGAUUUGAAAGAGGAGGAAGAAGAAGAGGAAGAUUACUACGACGGAGAAGAUAUCAAAGGUUUUGAUGAAGGUAAGUCAAGGAAGAUCGUUGAAGAAGAGAGUGGAGAGCACAAGAAGACGAUGAAGGAGUUCAUAGAUCUGGAUUGGGGAAACCAAAUGAAGAAGGACAAUGACUUCGCGUCGAUUUGGAGCAGGAAGCUGAAGAGAUUCUCACUGAGUCAUCACAAGGAGAGGAGAGAAGACGAGAAACUCGCCGGCCGUCGCUCCUGUGAUGUAGAUCCUAGAUUGUCUAGGAUCUCGUUUGAGAAACCUAGGGCGUCAUGGGAUGGAUGUUUGAUCGAGAAAUCAUAUAGCAAGCCGACGCCAUUGUCCACUGUGACGGAAACCUUCACUGAGAAGAAACCCUCCGGUAACGAAGAAGAAGAAGGGGAGGAGAAGAGUCCAGGUGGAACGGUUCAAACGAGGAACUAUUACUCUCGAAGAAGAAGCUUUGAUCGAUCGGUUUCGAGUAAGAGACAAGGAUUGCUCGAGGUUGAUGAGUUGAAAGCUAUCUCCAACGCAAAGGUAUCGCCUGAAACUGUUGGUUUGUUUCAUGGCGCUAAGGUAUUGGUUACGGAGAAGGAACUUAGAGAUUCAAAUUGGUAUUCGGUCAAGAAUCACAAACCAGAGAGCAAAGAGUUAGUCUCUAGAGGAAAGAUUUGUGUAGCUGCUAGUAGUGAGAGGAAGCAGGAUAGUGUAGAGUUGAAGAAACCUAAGAAGAAAUGGGCAAAGGGAUGGAACCUUUGGGGACUGAUACAGAGGAAGAACAAGGAAAUCAAAACCGAGCAAAGUUUGAAACUUGAAAGAAAUGCUGUCGAGGGUUCUUUGGCUGAGUCUUUGUUAAAGCUUAGGAGAGUAUCUAAAGGAGAAACCAAUGGUGGUGUUAGUGAGAAGCUUUUGAAAAGCUACAGUGUAAGCGCUAGAAAGUCUUGUGAUGGUGUGUUUAGUGGUGCUAACAUUGUCAGUGGCUUUGAAGGUGGAAGGAGCUCGUGUGAUGGUCUGUUUCAUGGAUCUAUUAACAGUGUUGAGGUUGGGAGAAGCUCGUUUGACGGAUUGGUUAACGGAGUUGAGGCCAGACAAAGUCAACAUCUUCACCAGAGAAAAGCAAAUGAUGGCACUAGAGAAAACCUUGACAACAGUUUAUCAAGAUUGUAUUUGACUCCGGUAAGAAGCCAUAAAGCGAGCAAAUCCGGGAAGAGUAGACUGAUGAGUUAGUUUAAUCUGAGAUUGUGUUAACCCAUGAAUACUCUGUGUAGUCAAAAACUAAUGUAUCUGUUAUUUUGGUCAAUAUAGAUAUUCGAACUAAGUUCCUGUAGCCAUUAUGUUCAUACA